GGCAGGAAGCGGCGGGACCGAGCCCCAGCGGCGAGGCCGGGCGAGGGGACGCAGGAGCCAUCCUUUCUCCUCUUCCCCGUCCCAGCAGCCUGCCGGUGCCUGCCCGCCUGGCAAGUCGGAGCAUGUCUGGCCCCCCUGGACAAGAUGCAGAAGAUGGCAGAGCUGCUGAAACUCGGGGACGAGCAUGGGGAGGGGGAUCCGGGGGCUCCUUCACUCAGCGGCUCCUGCCUGGCAGACAACAGGCUCACUCUGGAUGUUUAUCCCGAUGGUUGCCGUCGGCUGCUCCGGCUGUUCGAGGGGCAGCAGGCAGAGGUGGUGCAGGUGGAGCUCCUCCGGCUCAGCAGUAACGAUCGCUUGCUUGACGCCACACUGAGCAUCCUUCCGCAUCUGAAGCGCCUCAAGUCCCUGGUGCUCAGAGGUGGCCAUGUCAGAGAUGAAUUUGGUUCGUGUCAGCACGGCUCCCUGACAAGCUUGCCACCAGAUGUUGGGACCCUGAGGUGUCUCACUCACUUGGAUCUCAGCUUCAAUAGCCUCUCCACCUUGCCCAGCUGCAUCCCGUCCCUCACCAGCCUCCGCAUGCUCUUGGUGAGCCACAACAACUUGGUGGCACUUCCUGAGAACUUCGGCUCGCUGAGCAAGCUGACCUUCUUCUCCGCUAUGAAAAAUCAGCUGAAGGACUUACCUCAGAGCAUUGGGGAGCUGGCAGCACUGGAGGACCUGGAUCUCUCAGAAAAUGUGUUGGAACUUCUCCCCGAAGAGAUUGGAAAUCUGCACAGCUGCACAGAACUGGAUCUCUCUGGGAAUCGGCUAUCAAGCAUCCCAGAUUCUUUAGCCAAUUUGAAGUCUCUGUGGCGGCUGCAUCUUCACAGCAAUCUUCUGGUGACAGUCCCUGCAUCGCUCGCCAGCCUGCCCAACUUGUGCAGGCUUGAUCUGCAGAACAACUGCCUCCGUGCUGUCCCCCCUGAGAUCCAGACUGCACCGUUCGUGCACCUCCGAGGCAACCCCUUAGGAGAAGCUGAGCCAUCCCUGCAGGCUGAUGAAUCCAGUGCCACAGAGCUACGAAGACUGUUCCUUGCAUCAGAAGAGGAUAGUUUCACAGUGACCUCCGAAGGUUGUGAGGUGGUCCUGGCCUGUGGCAUCCGUUUCUACUUUCCACCGGAGGCUGCCUCUGACCCUCUGCAGAUCUACUUCCGAACCCUGGCACCAGACCCUCAGUGGGUGAAGCUGAGACACCAUGAUGUCCUGCUGAGCAAAGUCCUGGAGCUGCAGCCUCAUGGGGUCAAAUUCCAGCAGGAGGUAGAGAUCUGGAUGCCAUAUGCCUCCCCAGAAACUCUUCACCAGCGUGAGGUGGUUGUUCGGACCUUUAGUGGGCAGAGCUGGAGUGACCUGAGGACACAAGUGGAGAAGAAGAGAAAGUCAAAGAAGCACGUGGCUCACUGUAGUGUCCUUCACUUCUCCUGGUUCCUGGUUGUGUCCCGACUCGUGCAAAAUGAAUGCAAAGUGCCAACAGAGGGGACAUUGCUCUUUUCCAGUGUGGAUCCAAACAUCAAAGUGACCUUCCCUCCUGGAGUCACUGAAGAGACUCGCAAUGUCAAACUGCAGGUUCUGCCGGUCUCUGCAGAAGAGAUAGCGGAACUCACAGCGGAUGCAGGAUGCAAAGCCAGUCCUCUGCUCUGCCUCUCCCAGGAUUCCCUGGUAGAUUUCCUCAGGCCUGUGAGAAUUCAGCUCCCGCUCCCAUUUGGGGUCACAGGGUUAAACUUGGAUCGAUCGAGGCUGCAUCUUCUCUGUGGGGAUGUGGAGGGCCAAACUUGGGAUGACAUCACCAGUCAAGUGGUGCUGGAAUUCACUCAUCUUUAUGCAGUAUUUGAAGUCACCCACUUCUCCUGGUACUGGCUGUGGUACACCACCAAGACCUACAUUGGAGGCAUUGCCAAGAAAGUUUAUGAGCGGUUACGUAUGUACCAGGUGAACUUCAUUGCUCUGCAGAGGAGGAAGGACCCCGAGCAAGUCCUGCUACAGUGUCUCCCCAAGCACAAGGUUGACACAGUGCUGAAGAAGCUGCAGGACCGCUACCGAGGACCUGAGCCAUCUGACAUGGUGGAAAUGUUUGAAGGAGAGCAGUUCUUCGCAGCUUUUGAGAGAGGCAUCAGCAUCGAUAUGGAUCGCCCUGACUGCGUGGAUGGACGUCUCUCAUUUAUUUUUUACUCCCACUUGAAGAACAUGAAGGAAAUCUACGUGACUUCCCCUGUAGACAGGAAAGGCCAAGCUGUAAAAGGCCAGGUCUCUUUCUACCGAGGGGCAGUUCCCGAGAGCAUCCCUGAAGAUGCCAGCAGGAGGAGGAGAGGACCAGACCCCCUCUGGCUCGCUACUCUGCCAAUUAAACUGCCUAGAUUGAAACCCCGUUGGGGCGAGACCUCCAGCUCAUUGAAUGGCUUCUCCUUCCCUCCCUUGAACCUGGGCAAUGCUGAGACUGGCUACCUGACACAGGCAAACCUGCUGAGCAUCGCCAGGCGUGUGGGAGCCGACUGGCAGACCAUUGGCCUGAACCUGGGCUUGACCUAUCGACAGAUCGAGCGCAUAGGAUACAAUAACAGAGAGGACCUUGAUAAGCAAAUCCUGGACAUGCUUUUCUCAUGGGCCCAGCAGAACUCAGGGGAUCCUGACUGUGUGAGCAAGCUGAUCACAGCCAUGAAAGAGAGUGGCCGCCAGGACAUUGCUGAUGAGGUCGAAGCCAUCAUUGAGCUGGGACGGAGGAAAUACAGGGAGUCCAUCCGCCGUGUGGGCUUGGAGCAGGAGAGCAGCACUGAAGACUCUGCGAUAGCCAUGACAUAGAGCCUAGCAGAAGGGAACAGGUUUUACUAUAGGGGAAUCUCAAGUUCAAAACCAGACCUAAGGAUUUUUGCUCCAGCACUUGCCAGGUUUGAUAGAUGAGGCUUGUACGCUGGUGUCUUCGACAGACUUCCAGUUUUAUUUUACAGAUAUGUGCAAAUCCAUAAUCCUGAAGAGGCCUUAACUUGCCUGAAAGUAAAUUUUCACCUGCAGUUUCCAAGAGAGAUUCCUCACAUCCUCUUUGUGAAAUGUGCCUGUGUACUAGUAAAGAAGUUUGCAGAGCUUUGUGAAAAGCAUGAUAUAAAUUUGCAUUUUAGAAACUGGUCUGGCCAGCUGUAACGUUAGCAGUGUUGUGGGAUUGGCAUCAACUGUGCUGAGCAAACCUCCCAGUUUUGUGAUCUGACUACCUUGUAAAUGGCUGUAAGCAUUUAUUGCUUUUUAACUGUGCAGUGACUGACUACUGAUGUGCCCUUCAUUUCCUGUUACACAUCUCAUAAUAUGCCUCAACUAAUGGCCCGCUAAUGGCAGUGGGAAGUUGCACACAAGCUGUUUGGAUGUCUACAUUAAUCUAUGUUCUAAUAUAUAUUCAGCUCAUUCAGAAUAGGUUUGGAUUUGGCAUAUCCCAUCCUCUAAACAGUAUUUAAAGGGAUAUUCUCAGUCUGAAAGCUUGUAUAAAAACGUCAGCUUGUAACAUCCGAAGUCAACCUGUAGCUUCAGGUCUGAGAAGUCCUGGUGCUUUCUUCCCCUUUUCCCCAGUGAAUAAUCAUCAGUGACCAAACACUGUAUUUCAGACAUUCAAACAAUAGUAUUGAAAGAGGGGCAUAAAAUUAUUCCUUUUUCUUAAGACAUUCUAUCAUCUCAGGCCAUGGAGUGCAUGGAGCGAAUGUUACAGCACUGGACAAGGACUUUUAGAGUUGAGCUGCAGGCGUGGGCCUAGGGACUUACUCAGAGCUGAUCUCUUAGGCCAUGCUUCCCCUCAGGUUCUGUGCUGGGUUUAUGUCAGCAGUUGUCUUUUGAGUGCAUGUAAUCUCUGGUAGCGUGUGUCAUAAUCUCUUGCCUGGAAUUUUGAUGUAUACCAACAAGGUAUUUGUUUUUAACUCCAGUUCUGGAGAGAUGCAUUCGGGCAUAUUGCUCUCAUUGGAAAUAAAACAAGCACUUAAUUGUU